AUGUACAGUCAAGCAUACGAAGACUCACCGUUGCCAUUAAUAGCGAAUUACACAGUUAUAAAGGAGGGGGUAAUAGAAGAUAAGAGAGAGACAGAUGAUCGCGUUAUUCUAGAAAUUGGAAGGCAAGAUGAUAAGCCCAGAGAAGAACUCACUUUUUCUCAUAAGAAAUAUGAUAAAACGAUUUCGCAUCACAGGUCUUAUAUUUUGGAAGAUUACUCAGAACCGAGAAGGAUUACGUAUUUUAGACCUCAUGAAUUGGAACAAUCCUCCCACGAAAGUCUUAGAUAUAUGGAACACGAAGAUUACAGGGACGUAAACAUGAUAGAUGCAGCUAGUUCUAAGUCUUCUAUUGACUUCUCACACGAAUCUCACGAUAAUAGCAGACUUUCUGAUGAUCAGCAAGACGCCAUUUUGAACUGGAAAGAGCGGGCAAUGCAACUAGAGAAAGAAUACAAGAAGACAGCUUGUGAUAGAGAGAGGACGCGAAUGAGAGAUAUGAAUCGUGCAUUCGAUUUGCUUCGUUCAAAGUUGCCAAUAACUAAGCCUUCAAAAAAGAAGUAUUCUAAAAUUGAAUGUCUCCGGAUAGCAAUAUGUUAUAUUCGGCACUUAGAGUACAUGUUAGCAGACGGAUCUGCAGAAAACUCAACUUUUUUCGAUCCCCAAGUAACUGAGGAAAGGCAAAGACAUCAAAGAUUUUGA